AUGGCGCAGCAAGGACGCCUUCGCUCCUACUUUUCGUCUGGCGACACCAGCCGUGAAAGCCAAAAGAAAGCUUGGGCCGAGCUCUGGGAUACCGACCAAAGCGAACUGUGGGACCGGGGCACGCCGUCGGCCGCUCUGAUCGACUGGCUCGAGGCGCGCCCGGCGCAUCUUGCCCUCGCGAACGUCCCUCGAAAUGGAGAGCGGCUGACGGCGCUGGUGCCGGGCUGCGGACGCGGCUAUGACGUCGUCAUGCUCGCGCUGCACGGAUUCGACGUUGUCGGGCUCGAGAGCUCGCCCAAGGCUGCCGAAGCAGCGCGGGCGUAUGCACAGAGCGAGCUGGCGGAUCCGCACGGCUACAACUUUGGCGACGCUCUUGCCACCGCGCCGCCGGCCGAGGCUGCGGGCAGCGUGACGAUUGUGAUCGGCGACUUUUUCGACGACGCAUGGAGCACGGCCCAAUUCGAUCUCAUCUACGACUAUACGUUCCUCUGUGCGCUGCAUCCUUCAUUACGCAAAGACUGGGCUCGCCGGAUGCACGAGCUUCUUCGGCCCUCGGGCGUGCUCGUCUGUCUGGAGUUUCCGCUUUUUAAAAGUCGCGACGAGCCCGGCCCACCCUGGCCGUUGCAGGGGGUGCAUUGGAACCUCCUUGCCGAAGGUGGCAAUGGGAUGGAGGUGGACGACAACAAGGAGGCGGACACAUCGACGAAGGGACCGUUUGUGAGGCUGGACUACAUUAGCCCCCGUCGGUCAUAUCCACAGGGUAGAGGGACGGACAUGGUCAGCGUAUGGGGGUUGCGUGGUAGUCAAGGCCGAGACAAGACAACCUAG